ACGAGAGAAAAGACAGAAAUCGGCGAAGGAAUGCGAAAGUUACCAUUUGCUCCGGUGAGAAAGAUUGAAUGGCACGGUCGCAUAAUUUUAGUCAUAAACUCACGUAGCAGCGCCGAUGAACAUAGUGGGUCACUGGAUCACACACGUUGGCCCCCCGCGCGUAUCCACGCACACAGGUGUAUCUUCGCGCGGGAAUCCAGUAGCAGGAUAUGGAGAGAAACGGUGUUUAACCGGUCUUCGAUCGUUCUGUCCAUCUGUCGACUCGUAAAGGGUCCUUGAUACACUCGCAAAUCGACUUUCCUGUCGUCGAAUUCCUCCUUCGUUCAACAGGUAUACCAAAAUAUAUACCACGCUCUUUACAAUCAAGACGAACACACACAAUUUUAAUUAUUCGUAAACAUCAGUUUGUAGAUUUCUACUUGACGUUGACUGAACUUGCAAAGCUGAAGACUUGAAGAUUACGCGCUCGGUGUCUUAAAGUCCAAGGCUCGGUCCGAAGUACCGUUUCUGAGAGAUAUUCACUGCACAUGAGUUCUUUCAGUUCUUCACAUCGGAAGAAACAUCGGGAGAAAGGAAUGUAAGACGGGCAAGACGUCUGUAUUAAAAAUACGGAAUUUCGAAGAAGCAGCUGAUACAUGAGUUAUUUGACUGAAGAAAAUUUUGAAGAAUUCAAGUCGAUCAGACGUUAGCGAUAGUUUAUAGAGAAACCAACGAUGACCAACUGCGUCAAAGUAUCGUCGGACAAACAAACGUGAAAUUGAGAAUUCCCGUGGAUUUCCGUAGAACCCAUGACUUUUCCCGAUUAUGUUCCGCAUUUCGAAGCAGCUGUUAUCCAUCGGAGCAAGGUAGGAGGCACAACGUUUCGGCCUUCGAUGAUACGUUCGCCGGUUGCGAGUAUAAAUGAAGGACAAUGACCUAAUUGCGUGCAGAACACGCAGUGCUUCCUCAACGUCCAAUCAUCGUACGUACGUGUCAACUCGUGUUCGAUUAUUUGUGAUCGUAACUUCCGGCAUAUUUUCCUCUCCUUGUUUCGUAUCUUUUCUUUCGUUGCUUCCCGUCUUUUUUCUCUUUUUUUUUUUUCUUUUCCUUCCAGUGAAAACGACAAGUUAUCACAGGUGAUAAAUCGGACAAUUAUAAUUUCUUCGUCGAGGAAACUCGUCGCUUGGAAAGCUAAACGAUGAAGGCGACGAGUUGGUUGUGCUGGUUGUUGGUCGCGUGUGCCUGUCUCGUCGAAGCCAGGUACAAGAUCAGAAGACCCCCGUUACCACCUCCGCAGCCUCCUAAGCUGAUGUUCAAGAAACCAUGGCCGAUCGCCCAUAGGAUCUCCGUGGGGAAUGCGAUGCACAUGAACGGGAACUUCCCGGCGAAACGAGUGCUCCAGAAACCACCGAAUUACAGAAUUCGUCGGCCACCGAUGUUCAACAUGCCUCCUGCCAUUUGGAAGAAUCAGAUCCCGAUAAGAGCCUCUUUGAGCAAUCACGCGGUCCUCCCGCAGCGUCCGCCGGUCAAGGAAUUCCAUUCGGUGAACAAGAUGCCGGAAUAUAGUCCGGAGUACAGGCCGGAAGCCGCUGUUUUAUCGCCGACGCACAGGGGCGGCGUCGACGACGACAAAGGUCCGAUUCACACCAUCCCUGCGCCGAAUCUCAGUCCCAUGGACAAACCUUUCAACAACGAAGCGAAUACGGAUGAGAUUCAACGUCAGCAGGCCAGCGAUGCUGCUUAUAAAUUUAAUCUACACGGUUCCCUGCUACCAAAUUUCAAUCUCGCGACCAUCGGUACGAGUCUAGCACCGCAGAAGACCGUGACCAGUCCAACGCCGUUGCAACAUCAAUACGAAGUGACCGAGGGCAACGACAUCAGUCAGAAGGAGUAUCAGACCAUUCUACCAACGUUCCUGCCCCCGGAAUACGCGACACUGUCGACGCUAGUGAAUCCCGACUUGCAAACGAACGACGUUUUCUUGAACAAUCAUCCGGCGUCGAAUAUAGGCCUUAUCGGGACGAACAUUCAACUCGGCCAGCCAAACUUACCCAUGCAAACGAAUCUUCACAGUUCUCUUCACGUUGGUUUCCCCGGCACAGCUGGCCAAACUCCCUACAUCAUCAAUCAACAGAUUCCUGAUCUGCACGUUGGUCAUCCAGCUCCGGCUGGUCCUCCCCUUUCAGCGACGCAACUCUACGAUCUUCUGAACAGCUUCCCGCAAAAAAUGCCAGAGCAGUAUCAAACCGGUCAACAGCCACAACUUCAACAGCACAUACUACAACAGCAACUUGGUCAACUCUUCCAGCCUACCGGCGUGACUGGUUUCUCGCAGCCCCAGAUGCAAUCGUUCAAUUACGACGAGCAAGAUAACAAAGAGCAACAGCAACAACAGGUGUUGCUCAACCAGGAUUACGUCGCGGGAAGAGUCAAUACGAAUUACAACGUGGGAUCGGAGACUUCGGCAAACGAAGAAGAAGAGAACCCUGACCUGCAACAGAACGAGGAUCUCGCGUACAUCGCCGAUGGAAACGAACAGUUGGAAAAUAACAUCGAAUACGAGGAGGAAAGCAGCAAUCAAAAGGACCAGACGACGUAUUUCAACAAAGUGGCGAAUAACGAUGGGAUAUCCACGCAAUUCUACACGACGCUGCCUAAUCGAGAGGCUGCAGAGAAAUUGGCAGCUCUGGCAGCUGCUGGAAAUGUUAACAGUCAAUUGAUCGGACAAUUGCGAAAGCAACAGCAGCAGCAGCAGCAGCAGCAGCAGCAGCAACAACAACAACAACAACAACAACAACAACAACAACAACAACAACAACAGGAGAAUAUACAUAACGACGAAACUAUGCCUCCUAAUCACAAAAACGAAGAGUAUAAAACAAACGAACAAAUCAACGACGAUCAAAGUCGUUACGAUGAGAAGUAUUACCAGAAUCGACAGAAGCAACGACAGCAGCAGCACGAACAACAGUUACAACAGUACGAGGAACGGCAGAAAGAGUACGAUAGACAGCAACAGCAACGUCAAAGGCAAAAUGCAUACAGCAACAAACGGCCAUUGAGAAUUAUGGUGCCUGAUGAAAACGAUUACAACACCGAGAUACAGAGCGAAGAGCCGAAGGAAAAUACGGAGGUCGAGUACGAGUAUGAGAACGACGAAGCGGAUGCUGGAAAUUCGCAGGCAAACGCAUCGUUCGACGGAAGAACGUCUUACGAUCGAUCGAACGUUGAAUUUGGAUCGCGUUUGAGUUCCAAGACUGGAGUAUAAAUUUUUCUUAUGAAAUAUCUCGUGUAUAUACAUAUAUCGUUGGACGCUAUUAUUUAUUACAGUCCUAUUUACCGGUCAGCUUUAUUUUUACGGGGAUUUCUGUGUAACUGUAGGCAACGCAUAGGGGAAUUUCUCUAAAGCGGGAAAUUUUACGCUGUUUUUGCAAAGUACGCCGACGAAAUGUCUUUCUUUUUUUUUUUUUUUUUUUUUCUUGAGAUUACCAUCUGAGAUUAUAAUUAGAAUUUUUAUCAAAUGUUCGUCGAUGAUACAUUGGAAACAGUCACACGGAGAAUAGUAAUUUAUUUAUUAUUAUUUAUUGUUAGGUGAGUUUGUCAAUGUACUCGCACUUGAUUGUAAAAUGAUGGACAAAAGAUAUUGCCAUUGAUUUACAGAAUCAAUCUUUUAUUUCAGUCAUUGCGCAUCACCAAUCUGAAUUAUACAUUUAUAUGUAUGUACAUAUGUAUCAUUGAGGUAAUCUAUCCAUAUGGUACAGGAAUUAUUUUGGUUAUAAACAAAAGUCUAGGGAGAGAUUCUAUUUUCUCCAAGGGUCGUUUUCGCUUUUGUCUCCUCGUUUUUACAAAAUUAAAUAAGAAAACGGGCGUACAGUAAAAAAUACCUUAGAAGAAAUACAUGACUGGAGUUAGUUACCUAU